UGCUGGGAAAAUUCCGGUUAUAUGGUUAGUCGAAACCUGGGGAUUCAUGGGACGCUCUUGUUUGCUCGAGCUUGCAGCACCCGCACGCCUUGGUCCAAGAACGUGUCUCAGCCCAUCCCCUCUCCCCCAUUCCCCAUCGCCUCUCUCGCUGUGAACACUUCCCUGAUAAUCACCACCACCGAAUCCCCCAAACUAAUACCCUCUGUCUCUAGCAAUACACGAUCGGCCAUCACUACCAGAGAGCAUUGUAAUUGAUGAAGGGACUUUGAGUUGAUAAGGGAAUCGAGGCGGACGGAAGUCCGAACCACUUGCGCCUGGGAUCGAGACGAUGGCUGGGCCCGACCGUCGUUCGUCCACAGGACUCGACCGAAGGGCAUCAAUACCACUACGCGAAUCGAUAGACCGGCAGCGCGAUCACGAUGAUAAUAAUGAAUACGAUUUGGAGGCUAUGGGGAUUUCCGACGGCUUCAAUCCAUCCAAUUCUGCCGUGGGCCAGGGAAACAUGGGCAUGGCUCCUCCUCCUCCACGACCAUCAAGCACGGCAAAAUUACCGCCUGGAGUCGACACAUUUACUUUGCGGCACGACGGUGGAAUGGGCGCAGAUGUGAGGAGAAUGUCGGACAAUGCUGUAAACAUGAAUGCGACUCAAUCGAGGCCUGUAUCAACAACGGAAUCAGAGGCACCAUACAUCAGACCCGAGAGUCCGUAUAGAGGACCCACAGGACCUUCACAUCCAUACCAGAUGUAUCCUCAAGAAUCACGAUUAUCAAGAGCGACGAGUUUAGCGACAACCUCAACAUCUCCAGUGGUUGAGAGAGAAAGGGAAAGGUCGUAUGCUGGACCUAGUGGACCGACUCAUCCAUACGGAAUGUAUCCUCAGAGCAUUAUCCCAGAAGCAGAGAGCAGUCAAGCCCAUACCAUACCACCCAUCCCCGUGGGAUUUCCCGGCUCAAAUAAUAAUUAUCAACGUCGAAUUGGUCCUGAAGGAGAGGAAAUUGGUGGUAUCAUUGGCCCUGAUGGACACACGGAAGAAUUACCACCAUAUACGCAAUACCCCGACGAAACCAUCGCUCGGAAAACCCGACCUAAUGUAGCAGUUGAAAUUCCAAAUGUAGCGUCUGGUCCAAUUGUUCAAGUUGCCCCGGCGGCUCAAGCUUCCACCUCACCACCAGCAAUGUCCGGGGCAGGCGGGAUUGGGUUAGCCACUCGAAAUCCAGAAUUUUCGUCUCAAGAGGAUCUAAAUUCGCCAUCACGAAGGAGUAUUCUUUCGGAAGUGAGCAGUCACCAAGUGAAUACCGCCGCAGUUACGGAAUCAGAAAAACCACCACUGAAGCGUUGGCAAAGGAAAGCAAAAAGACAUGUAUGGGGCAUCAUACCAGUAUGGGUAUUCGUCCUACUUGCAGUCAUGUUCAUACUAUUCGGAAUAAUAUUGGGCACCGUUCUAGCAAUUCUCAAGCCCCCAAACAAACAUUCAAAGGACAAAGAUAAGGAUGGUAACCCGUAAGUAUCCUCAAUCAUUCAUAAUCUUUCAUUGAAAAAUGUGAAAUGUUGGCGCUAAUAUAGACUAUAGCGGCACGUCACUGACUACUACUUACGAUGCUACUCCACUCACUUCCGUUCCUACGAAUCUCCCAACUCUUCCUACUGGUACCUAUGGUGUACCAGUUGGCCCCCCGUCACUCAAUCAAGCUUCGUGUCUUGCGAAUAGUGCGCAAAGCAACGUCUGGUCUUGCUUUGUCGGAAUGGGCGCGGGACCAAUCCAGAUGAGAAUUAAGACCAUACUUGAUAGUCCCAGUCUGGUAGAUAACCACGAAAUUCUUCUCAGCUACGCAAAUCAAACAACAAGAACAUGGGCCUAUGGUGCGCAAGCUCCAACCUUUUCGAGUGAACAAGUACUUCAUCUUGUCACCGAUGCAGAUGAGACUGCUAGGGGUCCUGCAUGGUGGUUCCAGAUGCCUUACAAUAAGCUCGUCAUCAUUCGUGAACAGGAAUUGGCAAUGGUCCAGAAUAGAGACAAUGAGCCUGACAGAGAUAGAGGAAGAGAAUUCGGACGGAAAGGCGUCGCCGUCCCUGGAGACGAUGUUUGGUUUUGUCACUGGAAUGGUACCGUGCUUGAGGCAUUUAUUUACCCCAACCAGACAACUUCUUUUGGUGCAAACAACCCAGACACCAUGACAACAUCCUCCCCUUCCAAGCCAACUGCUGCACCCGGCGGCACUACUCCCUCGAGUUUCCCAACGGCAACUGGAGAACCGUCGAGGGCCACAGAGUCCAAGCUACCAUUUGAGAUGACUCCAUUGUAUGGGAAAGUCGUCAAGAUCCAGGAACACCGAAUAUCGAAAGGCCCUCAGGUUGUGCCUCCCUAUUGCGUGAAAUAUACCAUCAACGAAGAUAAUAGCGCCACUCCGAAACUCAACGCCACCAACCAACCGGUCAUGAUAUACUUGGACGAGUUGGAAGCAUCGUUCUUCUCCAAACGCGAGUCGUUGUUUAAUCAUGAACCAGUGUCUGCGCGUGAAGCUGGUUCGGGGAAUAAGUGUGGUUGCGUUUGGUUAUAUACAUAAUCGUUUGAAGAUAUCCCAUUAUUUUCGGCAUUGGGCGGGCAGGGCAUUUUUUUGGAUGGAGAAAAGCGUUUUCUUUUUUUGGGGGAAUUUGGGUUUAUUCAUUGUAUCUACAUUGAGACAUCUUGUUUUACAUACUUUUUUCCUUUUGUUUUUCUCUUUCUUGUUGGCACCAUCGUUAUUGGUUAUCUCAUCACGUUUCGGAGUUGUUAUUGUUGGGAUACCUGGGAUUUGUUUUCCCCCUUUCUUCAUAUCAAUAUUGGGUGGAGCAUUUGGCGUUUGGGAUGGGAUACGAGGGAGGAGCAUUCUCCGGAUAUUGUUGAGAACGUAUUUCUUAGUAUUUAUUGUCUGGGAUGGGACACGGUGAUGGAUAUUCUUUAGUGGGAUUAGGUGGAAGGAUAUCUGGAAUUCUUGAGGAAGGUUUUACGACGGAAUGGGUGGGAUUCACAUGCCCCGAGUUGGAUGCAGAUCUGAUUUGAUGUUUUUUUCCGUUUUUGGUUAUAUCAUGAGAACCUAGGCACAGACACAUAGUACCUUGAUUCUAAUGUCUUUUUUUUUUUGGUCUCUUUGGUGGGUGUAUGGAUAUCAUGUUUGUUGCUGGUAAGCAGGUUGGGCGGGUUGAGUAAGGGGAGUAGAUGCUGGAUGGGUGGAUGGGUGGAUGGGUGGACUUGUGGGAUACUUGGUAUGUAGUUGAUAUGUAGCUAUGAAUAGAAGAAAUAUAAAUA